AUGGCCGCUGCUACCUGGGUCGUCUCGUUUUCGCGUGCUAUCGCCGUUUCUCCUCUCCCCUUCGCUAGUUCACUGCGUGUUCCUAACCGCGUGUACGCCAUGGCUGCCACCAGCAAGACCAAGAUAUAUGGUCUGAAGCUCUCGACCUGCACGAAACGGGUUCUUACAGCUCUAGAAGAGAAGAAUGUUACGGACUACGAAUUCGUGACAGUAGAUUUGUCCAAGGGCGAGCAGAAAUCGGCCGAGUUCAAGAAGAAACAGCCUUUCGGCGUCAUUCCUGUGCUGGAGGACGAGGAUGUUGAGCUCUUCGAAUCCCGAGCUAUUGCACGAUAUGUCGCUGACAAGUACUCUGAACAAGGCACGAACCUCCUCGGUUCCAACCUUAAGGAGCGUGCCCUGGUGAAUUUGUGGCUGGAAGUGGAGUCUCAGAACUACAACCCCCCUAUCUCCGGGUUGAUAGCUGAGAAGAUUUUCAAGCCCAGGAAGGGACUGGCCCCAGACGAGGUCAAGGUAGCAGAACACAAGGCAAAGCUUUCUCAAGUCCUAGAUGUCCUUUCUUUCGGGUUCCUCCGCCAAGCUCUCCUACUCACACUGCUCCAUCUCACGCUCCCCCCUCUCACACUCCUCCCUCUCACAUUCCUCCCCCCUCGCCCAUGCUCCUCCCGCCCACCACUCUCCCUCCUCUCAGGUGGUACAGUACAGUGGCACACUCGUGACAAGUCGUCUCAAAACCCUCUUACACAUUUCACACUCAUCCCUUGCCCGUGUCCUUUCACCUCUUCAUCCUCCCAGGUGGUAGGUCUGGGAGCAUCAGGCAGAGCCUUGGAAUGUCGUUUCAGAAUCGCUCACUCUUCUCAUGCCCGCUCCUCCCUCGCCCAUGCCCCUCCCACCCUCCACUCUUCCUCCUACCAGGUGGUGGGUCUGGGAGCAUCAGGCAGAGCAGCAGCGCGCCUGGCUCUAGCGAGGGGUGCUGCUGCUGUGGUCGGCCUGGACAAGAGGACAGACGCCAAGGCACUAGAGGACGAUCCAAGUGUAUGGGAUGAGCUUCCAGAACCCACCUCCUCUCCCCCCCUCAUCUCCCGCCUCUCCACCCAUCUGGGUCCGCACCACCUCCCCCUCCUCCUCUCUGCCUCCCUCGUCGUCCUGUCUCCUGGAGUACCACUUUCAGAGCCCACAAUAAGCCAGGCGCUGUCUCAGGCGCUGUCUCAUGUGCGAGCUCUCACUUGCCUCAGAAGACACUUCAAUCCUCCUCUCCCGUCAACUCCUCUUGUCCCCAAGCCUCUCGCCUUUACCUUCAUCUGGUUCCCCACCCCCUCCCUCUCCUCCUCUCCACCUCCCUUGUCGUCCUGUCUCCUGGUGUACCGCUUUCAGAACCCACGAUAA